CCGACUUUAGCCUCUCCACAGCAGCCAGCAGACGCGGCGCACAAGGGCGGAUCUCAUCGUUGGCGCUGGCUUGCUGGGUUCGCGAUGCAGCUAGGCAGUAGGCAGGCAGUAAGUCGCGCCAAAGAUUCGCUCCGUACCAAACAAACACCCCAACCCGACGUGGCCCUACACCGUUCCCGUCCCUGAUUUCUCUCCUGCCCUGGACUCCUGGACUCCUGGAGACCUGCAGAAACGCAAGCCCUUGUCGCGAUGCCGCCUUCUAUCGAAUGGUUUGCCCGCUGGUUGCAGGAUUAUGCACCAGGUGCCCAGCCGUCCAAUGGCAAACCGGUUUUCCCCAGAGGCUGAACAUUGAAGCCGCUCGAUCGGGAGGUGCAGCACCGAGAGGGCAAGGCGCAUCUCGAAAUUAAAUCCAUCCAGAUAUGUCGCCGCCGAGGCGACAGAUUGGAUUCCAGAUUUGCGAUCUUUCGGGCUUUCUUCCUCCUCUCUCUCUCUCUCUCUCUCCCCCCCUCUCUCCUUCUCUCUAUUCCUGUUCAAGUCCCUCUUUCGUCGUCCCAAGCCUUGGAGCUUAUCCGCCAGACCUUCCCCUCACCUCAUUCCUGGGACAUUUCGUCACCUUGUUUUCUUUAUACUCAUCACGCGCUUCCACGACUUUAUGACAAUUAAUUCAUAAUAGACGACUCCUCCGAUACUCAGAUCCCACUCCUAUAUCGACCCCAUCCCCCGCCCAUACUCUGACCAGAUCCUACGCAUACAGGACGGGACUUGCUCGACGCCGGAGACACAGGAAGAGAGGCAAACUCAGCUUAUAGGUGCUUUCACCCUCCUUGGACACGACCCCAUCAAAUUUGAGCUCCUCAAUGCUCUCGUUAUGAACACUCAUGGGCUUGCUGGCAGCCGGACGACGAUUCAAUCGAUCAUUGAGAUUGAAAUAGGGCUUGGAACGAGAAAUUCGGACUCAUGUCGGAAUCAGACUCGCCUAGGCGCAUCUUGCACGAGAGGAGCCCUUCCCACAACAACGAACUCGCCAGAAUCCGACUCGUGCCCUCGACUCCUCCGCAACUCCUCGGACGAGAUGGAAUUGACGAGAUCUAUUCACGGACUCCCCUCCCAACUCAUCCAAGUCACUUUCUAGGGCCCGGCAAAGCCAAGGGCAAGGAAAAGACACAGGGGCUGCAACGAGGACUGGGGCUCGGGCAGGGAUCACACACUCCUGCAUUAGACGAGGAGUUUCAACGAACCACCACUGUCCAAGCACAGAGGAGCUUCAGUGGUGCCAGUACCUCUUCUGGCUCAACAACGCAUACACAUCAGCCUCAGAGGCCCAGUUCUGCUACAGGAUCUCCCAGCUCGCGGCCGAAGCCCCCUGCAAAGAAGCGCCUGCACAUUCACAAGGACAACAAGACUUUCUCCCUGCUACAAGACGACCCCCAAUCACCUCAAUCGGUAGACGAUGGCUCGAAAUCGCCUACUUCCCUCUUCUCAGCCAGUCAAAAGUCGUCCGACUCGCUCCCCUUGAAUACCGGUAAUGCAAGAAAUAGAUCUAAUUCCACGAAUUUAUGCGCUCCGGAAGCGUCAUCAGCUGUGAUUCCUGCCACCCCAUCAGCCUCGCAAAGUAAUAAGCAACCUAUAUCUGCAGAUCAUAUAACCAACUCUCCCUGGAACUAUCAGCUCGUUGGCGGUCUUCGAAAGGUGCCCAAAACUCCAGACCUCAAACAGAGAGCCGCUACUUCGUCGGAAAGCCCUCUCCCACCUCUGCCAGAGACAUCAGACGGAACACCUACCGGCUCUGUGUCGCACGAUCUCUCCACUAAACCGUCCUUUGUAUCUACGGAGUCCACCACAACCACCUCGGAGAAUACCAAUUACAAAAUCUACGGUGAAGACUCUGCCACGAACUCUGACGCUGCACCUCCGUCAUCCAGCGGUUCCAACUACCAAGUAAUUGGAGAAUCUUCCCCACCCGAGUCUGUCAUUUACCGUCCACGUACUUCACCGUCAGAAGAAGAACACAGCAACUACGAGUUACACGGAGACCUCUCUCCAGAAAAUUCCUACACCGACCUCAGACACCGGGCAAGAUAUUCACAAGAAUCUCUCGUUGUACCUCCGCUCAAUACCAAACUCUGGAGUCGAAGAUCCAACGAAACCCUAGGAUACUACAAGUCUCGGUCCAGAGAAUCACUUCGAACUGGUUCCCUGACAUCGAUUUCAACCGUACUUAGCCAACAGGAAGCUUUCCGAGCAAUCGUAGGCAGUGGCGCACUCAUACAAUUACCCAUCCUCAAACAGAAACCUAAGGGGUCGAGUUCAUGGGCGGAGCCUCCAAGUCUAAGUUUACACCCACCGCGGUCACACAUGAACGAGCACCCGCAUCAAUGGAGCUCACAGCUGUCAACUGUGCUCUCGGUGUCGGAUGGCGGCACCGAUCGAAACUCCCGCUCGUGGGCAUCGAGCGACAAUGGCAGGAGGAGCAGCGGAUACCCGAGCUCGCAGAGUCGGCACAGCAGGCAGAUGUUGAGCAUCAGUUCUUCCGUCGCUCAAGAGGAACAUUCUUCCCGAUCACGAACCGAUUCGAUCGAAGCUCCAGCCCCAGCGUUUGCGCGGGGUGGACGUCACAAUAGCACUUCUUCGAUCAGGAUGGUUGAGGACCUAGACGAGUAUGGAGAUGGGAUCACGGAUAUGCAGGACUUGCGGGCGAGGCCGUCUCGGACGCGACUAUCCAGCUAUUUCAAUAGUGGAUCUUCGGACAACGGCCGCACGAACACCAUGCGUUCAACCAACAGUUCACGAGCGAACAGCUUGCUCGCUGGAUCCAUACCCACUUGGGCGAAGCUGUACUAUGGAAGUGGAGAAAGGCGAUAUAUAGGUGCGCCAGGAAGUUCCACGGAGGGGACCGACAGCCGCAGUAAUUCUUUCCGAACAGGCUCACCCAACACGGAUCACUUUCCUUUAAGUAUAUACAGUCCGCGGCGGCGACUGCGGGAGAUGAAUGGUCAGUCGACGCGGGGGUCGAUGGAGAUCACUCCGGCGCCUCGAAGGGACGAUGAUGGCCGAUUUAAUACCAAUGACCCAUACUCGAGACGCUUUAGGACAUGGAGCAUGUCGAGCAUCUGGUCACCACACCUACGACUCGAUCGACGGGCUACCCGUCGAAGUGUCUGGGAACCGCCGUCAGUGAACUGGUCUACUGAAGGUGGAUGGUUCGGACGACGGAAUGUACAAAUAGUAAUGUUUAUUGUGGGGUUUAUUUUCCCCUUUUCAUGGAUGAUUGCAGCUCUCCUUCCCCUCCCCCCGCGUCCAUUACGCAACAUGAGCGAGCGGGACAACAGUCGGAGCAACCUGGACAGCUCUUACGACCGCGAGAACCAGCACGAAACGCCGAACGAUUAUACGCGCCAAUUCGGCCCAAUGGACGAGGCACGAUAUGAGAGCGCGAAAUGGUGGCGCAGGUUGAAUCGGUGCAUGUCUUUUGUUGGAGUACUUGUCCUGGCUGCUAUCGCUGUUCUGGUAGUCGUUGGCGUCAAUUCAGGGUGGUGAAAAGCGCCUCCGAUCGUCUACCUCACGCCACAUCACUUCACGAAUUUCAUCCACACUUGUCACAAAUAGACACAUCAUAUUUCCUACAUCACAUAUCAAAAGCGACACUAGAUCUCAUUUACCAUGUUCCAUUUACGGCAAUCACACAUCACUACACAUUUUAUUACCACCUAUUUUACAAUUUCCGAUUUUCUGUACAUUAUACAUACAACACACCUUGGACGAUUGGCACGGGUCAGGUCUAGACGAUUGCAUCACGAAGAUGAACUAUUGCCUACCUCACUUGCCACAACUAAAGAACUGGGAUGGGAAAGGCGGCGGGUUGCGACCAUUAUACCCUCUUGAAUGCGGAACUUUGAAUGUUUUCUGGUUUACGAACUAUGCGAGAUGCGACUGGGUAUUUCUUUCACGCCCGUUGAGGACUUGUUUAGAUAGAGAGGGGAGACGAGAAAUAUGGCGCUUGGUUCAAUUAGUGUAAUCGAGUGCUCUGAAAAGAGCAGGAAUUGGAGGGCGAGGAGAGAGAUAAGAGAGGCAGGGGGAAGGACGAGAACGACAAUGAAUAGAAUAUUUAA